AGCCAAAGAUUCUACCGCUUCGCAGACUGGCCAAUGCCCUACGCUGGACAGCAACUUACUUGGUUUGGAGACCAAGGACACAGACAUCAUCUUAAGCAUUACCCUUGUCUUGGAUUGUCAUUGCUUUGGCCUCCUGGCUCCAAAAGCAGCCUGACAAACCUGAACCCGUGCACAGAGGUUCGCCUUGAUCAGCACCAGCAGGGACGUUGAGGUGUCAUGAUGCAGCACCAAGACAUGAUGUCACUCAACAUUCACAACAUGACCAAUGGCAGCGAAUCGACUAACUGUUCCCGGGACAACGUGCUGAAGACGGUGGUGUUCCCUGUGCUCUACUCCAUCCUCUUCAUUUUGGGGCUGUUUCUCAAUACCGCGGCGGCCUGGAUCUUCCUGAAGAUUCCCAGUACCACCCACUUCGUGCUCUACCUGAAGAACGUUGUGGUGGCCGACCUGCUCAUGACGUUCACCUUCAUUUUCAAGGUCCUGGCUGACUCCAACGCGGCGUCGGUGCUGCUGCGCGUGUUCGUGUGUCGCGUCUCUUCCGUGCUCUUCUACCUCAGCAUGUAUAUCAGCAUCCUCUUUUUCGGCCUUAUCAGCAUCGACCGCUGUCGUAAGACCCUGCGGCCAUUUGUAAGGAGCAGCCCCGCGGGCCUGGCACGCCGUAAGAUCCUCUCUGCUUUCAUCUGGGCUUUCCUGCUCAGCCUCUCCUUGCCCAACAUCAUACUGACCUCCCACAAACCUGCCUCUCCCAACUUCAAAUGCAGCGACCUCAAGACCAAGCGUGGCCUUCAGUGGCAUGAGGCAGUCAACCAUGUGUGCCAGAUCAUCUUCUGGGCCAACCUCGCCACGGUGGUGGUCUGCUACAGCCUCAUCUCGCGGGAGCUGUACACCUCAUAUUCUCGCACCCGUGCCAGGUCCAGCACUGUAAACGUGCAGCCGAAGAAGCGCAGAGUGAAGGCCAACAUCUUCCUGGUGAUGGGUGUGUUCUUCGUGUGCUUUGUACCCUUUCACUUCGCCCGGGUCCCAUACACCUUGAGCCAAACACGCGGCAAUUUCGACUGUCGGUUGAAGCUCUUCCUGUUCCAGCUGAAGGAGAGCACACUCUGGAUCUGCUCUCUCAACGCCAUCUUGGACCCACUCAUCUACUUCUUCCUCUGCCGGUCCUUCAGAAAGUCGCUGUGUAGAACAUUCUGCCUGAACACGGGACUAUAUCAGCCCAACCUGAACACGGCCAGCACAGACAAUCGAUAACAGAAACAGCUAACUCGGGACCGAAGGGAUGAAACACAGGUGCAGACAUGCUUCUAGUGUAUGUCUCAAAUCCAGCUUUACCUCUUUUUUGGGGGAAUUACCCUCUCAAUGAAAUUCAGCUCCAGCGCCCCACCUAGUGUUCAAAAGUGUAAUGGUACCCUUAAAUACUCAUUUAUAAGUUGUGACUUAGUAAAAUACCACCCAUGGACUGCAAUGCAAUUCUGUACAAUGCUUUUUGCGUGAUAUAUUGAAGACUUCAACUGCUACUACAAUCAUUCUCAAAAUGGAGACAUUUUAAUAAAUAAUAUUAAACUAGAAAA